AUGUCGAAGCUACGCGGCUAUGAUUUCUACCGUGCUAUUGGUUCACCUAAGCGUAUUGUAGCACCCAUGGUCGAUCAGUCCGAACUGGCUUUUCGGAUGCUGUGUCGAAAGCUUGGAGCCGAUUGCUGCUACACGCCAAUGCUACAUAGUCGUCUAUUUGCCGAGAGCAUCGAGUACCGUGAAAAGAUGUUUGAACAUCACAUUCAUGACCGGCCGCUCAUCGUGCAGUUUUGUGGCAAUAAUCCAAAGACCCUGUUAGCAGCUGCUAAGAUGGUUGAAGGCCAUUGUGAUGCAGUGGAUUUGAAUCUCGGUUGUCCGCAGGGCAUCGCUCGGAAGGGACACUACGGGUCUUUUCUAAUGCACGACAAGGAUACGGUCAAAGCUGUUGUUGAAACGCUGAGUUCAGAGCUCAAGAUACCAGUGACGGUCAAAAUUCGGGUCUUUUCGGAUGACAAUGAGACGUUGGAAUUUGUUGACAUGCUGCAAGAGGCUGGAUGUGAUAUGUUGACCGUCCAUGGGCGUACGAAGGAGAUGAACAAGACAUCUGUACGAGAAGUAAACUGGGAUAUUAUUCGACGUAUAAAGGAGCGGUUAAUUAUUCCCGUGAUUGCAAACGGGGGUAUUGAGACACAUGAGGAUAUUGCUCGUUGUCUGGAGGCCACAGGCUGUGACGGCGUCAUGAGCUCCGAGGGGUUGCUGGAGAAUCCGGCGCUUUUUGCUGACAUGAAAAACACACCCGGCCACAGCACGUCGUUUUUAGAAUUGGCUCGACAAUACCUUGAGUGUGCUACGCUGUAUCCGCCUGCGAGUGACAAAAUUGUUCGUGCACACCUUUUCAAGAUUCUGUUUCAAGACUUGCGUGUGCACUCAGACUUGCGUGACGCGUUGGCGGCUGCCAAAUCUCAAGAGGAAAUGGUGGAAAUCGUCAAUGAACUUGAUGUGCGACUGAAGAAAGCAGAAGACAACAACGCAGGGCCUGAGAUAAAAAGGGUGACGUACGCAACGGAGACGAGCUGGUAUCGCCGUCACCGAAAAGGCCAGGAGAAGCUUCGACACCGCCAUUCAUUCGAAAAGUGUCUUGAUACGGGUUUUGGCAAUUUGUUCGCAUGA